AAGUUAAAGAACAUACUUACAAACCACAUUGCAACCAAAAGAAAACUCAGAAUUACUACAAAAAUGGCUUCCCAUAAGCUCCAGCUUGCCCUCUUCUUCCUCGCUUCUUCCCUGGCUCUCCGGAUGGGUGCGGCGGACUGCAACGGGCACAGCCUGUGCUCGCCGUUCGAGAUGCCGCCGUGCGGAGACGGCAACGGCUGCCGGUGCAUCCCCUGGGGGCUGGUCGCCGGCCAGUGCAUCCACCCCACCUCGUUGGCCCUCCCGGAGGUGGCGAAGAAGAUCGAGGCCCACCCCAACCUGUGCCUCUCCAACUUGGAGUGCUUCAAGAAGGGAAGCGGAAGCUUCUGCGCCCGCUUCCCCAACCCCCACGUCGAGCACGGCUGGUGCAUCGACUCCGCCGCCGCCCUCUCCGCCCUCUUCGACUUCAAGACCACCACCACCACCACGGCGGCGUAAUAAUUUCCAAGUCACAUGCAUGGCUGGCGACGCUAUUAUUAUCCUAAUUAUCUUCCAAGACAUCAUCAGCUUAAUUCUCAUUAUCAUUAGCUGGAAUAAAUUGGAUAUUGUGUUAUUGUCUGCUUGUAGGGUUUCAUGAUGCUUUGCUAGGGUUGCUUUGUUGUUCUAAGCUGCCUGUCCUCUCUUUCUUUCUUUCAUCGUCUAAUAAUAAUUAUGUUAUGUU